AUGGUAGUAACAUUCGCGUUCAGACCAAAGGAUGAAGAAGUGGGGCGCAUAAAUUGAUCAGGAUUAUCAGUGUUACGGUCAUACAAGGACGUUUAAAGUUUAUAUAUUCACGAUUGGAUACAUCGCUUGUAAAAAAAAAAUGAGUAAGUUAUUCCGAUCAAAAUCGAAUGAUUUUGAGAACGAAGCGCUGGAAGUUCAUAAUGAAUAUAGAAGAGAACAUGGAGUUCCACCGCUAGUUCUGAAUAAAGAUAUUUGUAAAAUAAGCCAAAAAUGGGCUGAAGAACUAGCAAAGAACGAUAAAAUGGCAUACAGUGUGAACCAGACUUAUGGAGAAAGUGUAUACUGCGGUUGGUCACCAGACCCUAAUACAAAAAUAAGAGCAAAAGAUUGCGUUGAUAGAUGGUAUAACGAGAUCAAUGAUUUCUCUUUUGGAAAAGAACCCGAUGUAUUAAAUUGUGGUCACUUCACACAAAUAAUAUGGAAAAGUACAAAGGAACUCGGAAUAGGUAACGCUAAAAGCAAAUCUGGAAAAUUGUAUGUCGUAGCUAAUUAUUAUCCGCCUGGUAAUUACUCUGGUCAAUUCGUGAAGAAUAUUCCACCACCAGGAGCUUUUCAAUUCAGGUCUAGUUCCAGUUAUAGUUCAUCUACUUCGCCACGAGAAUCCAACAAUAAUCUAGCCCCACAUUCACCUAACAAAUAUAUCUCUGGACCUCCAUCACCGAAUUUUAGAAGCAGCAAAAAUUUAGGUGAUUUAGCUAAUGAAUUAGUUACAAAAAUCAAAUCAUUUUCGAUAUCAACAGAAAAGUUUGAAGAAGAAUUUCUCCAAGCCCAUAACGAUUACAGAAUAAGACAUAGAGUGCCACCUCUGGAACUAAGUAAGAAGCUGUGUAAGUACGCAGAAGAUUGGGCCAAAGCUAUAUCUAAGAAAGGAAAAGUGGAACACAGAGACCAAAACGAAUAUGGUGAGAACAUAUUCUACGCUUGGUCGUCCGAUCCCAAUUUCACGUUAUCAGGAAGAGACCCAGUCGAUAAAUGGUAUAGUGAAAUAAAAAAUCACUCAUUCGGUCAAGAACCUGAUCAUUUAAGUUCAGGACAUUUCUCACAGGUCGUGUGGGAAGAUAGCAAGGAGGUAGGCGUGGGUGUGGCAAAAACAAAAGAAGGCCAAAUUUAUGUCGUGGCAAAUUAUUAUCCACCCGGUAACGUUAUGGGAAGUUUCGCUAAUAACGUUCGCCCACCUGCUUAUUAGAUUAGAUGUUCUAAACACAACCAAAGACGUUUGACAUUCCAAAGAAAAUUAUUUAAUAAUAUACCUUUACUUAUGUUUUAUUUAUUACUUUUUUAUAUUAUAAACUUAAGUAAAUAUUAUUAUUAUAAUUGUGAUGUUACAGUAUA